GUAGCGGGAAAGGGUGUUUGAUGUUUAUUGAGUGAUAAAAAAUCACAACAAAUUCCCAAUCAACACCUAUAUUAAUUUGUUAUUCAGAAAGAAACAGUUAUUGAAAAAAUCCAAACAGCAGCAUGUCUGAAGAGACAGCUGUACCGAAAACAGAGAGUGUUGAGAGUAAACCAUUACCAACCUCCACCAUAACAGCUACUACUCCAUCCACUGUCAGCGCAGCUCCUGUCACUUCUAAUACCACCACACAGAGUAAGCCUCAAUCACAACCACAGAAACCUAAUUAUACUUUAAAGUUCACAUUAGCUGGUCAUACAAAAGCUGUCUCUUCUGUUAAAUUUAGUCCUAAUGGUGAAUGGUUAGCAAGUUCUUCUGCUGAUAAGUUAAUAAAAAUAUGGGGAGCUUAUGAUGGUAAAUUUGAAAAGACAAUAAGUGGUCAUAAACUGGGAAUCUCUGAUGUAGCCUGGUCAACAGACAGUAGAUUAUUAGUCAGUGCCUCUGAUGAUAAAACUUUAAAAAUAUGGGAUUUUUCUAUGGGAAAAUGUUUAAAAACCUUAAAAGGUCACAGUAAUUAUGUAUUUUGUUGUAAUUUUAAUCCUCAGUCUAAUUUGAUAGUAUCAGGCUCAUUUGAUGAAAGUGUAAGAAUAUGGGAUGUUAAAACUGGAAAAUGUUUAAAAACUUUACCAGCUCAUUCAGAUCCUGUAACAGCUGUGCACUUUAAUCGAGAUGGUUCAUUAAUAGUAUCUAGUAGUUAUGAUGGGUUAUGUCGUAUCUGGGAUACAGCAUCAGGGCAGUGUUUAAAAACAUUAAUAGAUGAUGAUAAUCCUCCAGUUUCCUUUGUAAAAUUCUCACCUAAUGGAAAAUAUAUUCUAGCUGCCACAUUAGAUAACACAUUAAAACUAUGGGAUUACAGUAAAGGCAAGUGUUUAAAGACAUAUGUUGGACAUAAAAAUGAAAAAUACUGUAUAUUUGCAAACUUCUCAGUGACUGGUGGCAAGUGGAUUGUAUCUGGUUCUGAAGAUAAUGUGGUGUUCAUCUGGAAUUUACAAACUAAAGAAAUAGUUCAAAAAUUACAGGGUCAUACAGAUGUAGUGUUAUGUUGUGCCUGUCAUCCCACUGAAAAUAUCAUAGCAUCAGCAGCAUUAGAGAAUGAUAAGACUAUUAAAUUAUGGAGAAGUGAUGUAUAAAUAAGACUUGACAUUACUCUAUAUUCUCAAACUAGGAUGUGAUCCAAGUGUUCAAAUCACCAGUGUUAUUAUUAUAUUGGUAUGACAAGAAAGGUUUAUACUGGUAUGACAGAGACUCAGACAUUGUUAUUCCUGAUUGACCAGUGCUAUUAUACUGGGCUCAACAAUACCAGUACUGUAUAAGAUACAAACCAAUGUCUGUUUUCAUUGAUAAACCCAUGUUCAAGGUCUAUGUCAAUUGUCAACAGGCUCAUAAUGAUAUAAUAGUCAUGUAUUUAAACGAAAUGUAAACCUAUGUCAUUCAAAAAAUCACAUGAAAGAGUGGAAAGAUCACGGUACUGUCCAGUUUGUCAAACACACUAUUGAAACUUGGGGGUCAAUGAUUUGUGAGUUCUGCACUUUUAGGAUUUAUGGAAUCGGCAGGACGUUCAAUAAAUCAAGUUGGAACAGAGUUCAGAAUAUGUUCCAUGUGUGCCAAAAAAAUAUUAGGUGCGGACAGAAUUCAAAAUGAUGGAGAAGGAAAAAGAUGAGAAAAUUAUUUAGCUUCUGUAUUGUUCGAUUAAAGGUAGAACUGUGCAAUCAAGGGCCCCACAAUUUAAUUAUUACUUGAUGCCAUGAACUAAUUUUAUAUUCAUUGCUAAUGUCUCUUUCGGAUGUCUUUGUAAUCCUGAACAUUAGCAAUGAAUAUUUGUGCUAAUUCUCCAAAUUUUGUAUUUCUUUUGGAAAUAUUUCACGGUGAAUAUAUUCUAUUUAUGUUGUUUCAUUGGUUGAUUUAAAGUCAAUGUACUGACCCAUUCUCUAAUUCCAUAACUUGAUUAAUUUAAGACAAAUGUCAUAUUUCAGAGUAAAAUUCAUGGACUCAAACUGUAGAGAGCUGAAGAAUUUAAAGUCUUUAAACAUAAUUUCAAAUAAUUCCUGCUUUCAUUUACCAAGAGAUUUGAUUUAGACAUUACAUCAUAAAUGCAUUUUUGCAAAGGUUUUCUAUCAUGACAAACUGAUCAUCCCAUAUUUAAUAAUGCAUUCUAAGACUGCAAGAUCUUUGUUUGCUUUUUCAUACUUGAUUAACCAGUGACUCAUUUUGUAUUGUUACUUUCUACAUUACAAUAAUUGUACAAUUUAUAUUGUCUGUAUAAAGUUAUCAUCUCAUAUUGUC